AUGCCCGCCCCUGCCCCCGUCACUUCCCUGGACGGCCGUCUCAAGAUGCACGAUGGCUAUACUAUCCCCCAGUUCGGCUUUGGAGUCUACGAGAUUGAUGAUGAUGAGACUUAUCAAUGUGUCAAGUGGGCUCUUGAGGCUGGGUAUCGUCACAUUGACACUGCCGAGUGGUAUGAGAACGAAGCGCCCUGCGGUAAAGCCGUCAACGACUUUGUCAAGUCAAGCGGUGUCCCCCGAAGCGAUAUCUUCCUCACCACCAAGCUCAAAAACAACUCUACCUACGACCGCGCCUACGCCGACCUCAAAAAAUCUCUCAAGACCGCCCAAGUCGAGUACUUUGACCUGUACUUGAUGCACUCUGCGAUCGGUGGACCCGAGGUUAGGAAGAAUGUCUGGCGGGCUAUCGUAGAUGCGCAGAAGGAAGGUCUCGUCAAGUCUAUCGGUGUAUCCAACUUUGGCGCCCAACAUAUCCAAGAAUUCAUCGACCAAAACGUGCCCCUCCCCGUCGUCAACCAAGUCGACCUCCACCCCUUUAUGCGCCACCCCUCCAUCGUCAAGAUCUGCGAGGAAAACAAUAUCAUCCUCGAAGCGUGGGGACCGCUGGCGAGGGCGAUGAGGUUUGAUCAUCCUGUGCUUGUGAGUAUUGCGGAGGAGAAGGGAAAGGAUGUGGCGCAGGUUAUGUUGAGGUGGGGCUUGCAGAAGGGCUAUGUCCUCAUCCCCAAGUCUGUCUCCCAAAAGCGUAUCAUUUCCAACUCCAAGCUCUUCGACUGGGAGCUCUCCGAGAAGGAAAUGGGAGAGGCAUCUCGAGCCGUUGAACGAGACUUUGGUGACUGA